CCCACCGCCCAUACACAGCUCCAAUUGGCUGAUGCGCAAAUCAGUUUCCCCAAUCCGCUAUUCUCUGUGAAUAAGUACUUGUCGGAGAUGUGGCCUCCCACUGAUAUCUCUGUAAUGCUCGACGAAGUGUCAUUCACUGAUCACACACAGAGGCUGCAUUUAAACCUGCGAGACUUGGGUUCGAAGAGGCAAACGCUGAUGCAGGUUUAACGGCAGGAAAAGCACAAACCUAAACUAACAUCAUGAGCAUGAACUACGCGUCUGCGGCGACCACGCAGAGGUCGACGUCGUUUUUCAUUGAGGACAUCUUAUUGCACAAACCCAAGCCGCUGAGAGAGGUGAUUCCCUCGCCGUUCUGUAGCACCCUGGCCUCCCGGAUGCCCAUCCUUGAGUAUGGAUAUCCACUGAUGCCAACCCCAAUACUCGCGCCACAUCCGCACCAUCCUCUACACAAGCCAGAGCAUCACCAAUACUUCUUCACAUCGGGGAUGCAGAUGCCGGCGUUGUUCCAGCACCACGCAGAGUUACCGGGAAAGCACUGCAGACGCAGGAAGGCCCGGACUGUUUUCUCCGACUCGCAGCUGUCCGGCCUGGAGAAGAGGUUUGAGAUCCAGCGGUAUCUGUCCACACCGGAGAGAGUUGAGCUGGCCACGGCGCUCAGUCUCUCCGAGACACAGGUAAAAACAUGGUUCCAGAACCGACGGAUGAAGCACAAGAAGCAGCUGAGGAAAGCGCAGGACGAGCGGAAGACUCCUGGGGAGCUGGAGAGAUCCGCAGACAACUCCAGCGAGAGCGAACUGAAUGAUAAGAGCUCGGAGGAACUGAAACACGGACAGGAGCCGGACUCGUACAUGCUGGAUGAGAACGACGACGAUGUGGAUAUAGAGGAUGACAUAUGCUCCCAGGAUCAUCUACUAUAGUAGGCUGCAGAGUGACUUUAAUCACACUGUAAAUGCACUGUAUAUGCUACACAUUUUCUUUUGCUUCCAGCGCAAAUAUAGUUGAACAAACAAGACUGAAACUAGGCCGGCUCUUUAAUAUAAUGUAAAUAUUUAU